UGGACCUUUGAGUAGAAUACUUCAUCUCAACGGUUUAUCCCGUGGACCCAUGGACGUCACUGAAGCCGACAUCGCGGAUGACGUGCCCAGCAGCAGCCGGCAGCUCAGCAGCUGGUUGAGGCGCACGAGGCAGAACAAGAUCCGCAAGGUGGUGCGGGAGAUCUACUUGCGUGAUGACAUCACACCAGAAUCCUUUGAUGGAGCGGACCAAGUGUUGGUCUUGGACACAAACAUCGUACUGCAUCAGAUUGACCUCAUCGCGGAAGAUGAGUGUGUGAACCACGUCGUCGUGCCCUACACGGUUCUGCAAGAAGUGCGGCACCGCAACAUGGGCAUCUACUCACGCCUGCGCGCUUUGUGCCGUGUGGAGACAGGCGACGCCAAAGAGGACGAGGUCGCCGAGGCGGAGCUCAACGAAGAGCCCGCGCCGCCCUCGUCCACGGCCAAGCGUGGUGUGGGAGAUCGGGAGAGAGCGAAGGAGGCCAUCGCCUCGGCACGGAACGCCCGGAAGUUCUACGUGUUUCCCAACGAGUUCUUCCGGGAGACCUAUGUGGAGCGGUUACCUCAGGAAUCCCAGAACGACCGCAACGACCGGGCCAUCCGCCGGGUGGCGCACUGGUACCGACGCCACAUCGUGGGGCCUGAGGUGUUGUUGCUCACGGACGACAAGGCCUGCAAGGCCAAGGCCGUGGACGACGGCCUCACGGCGCUGCGGGCCGCGGAGUUCAUCGAGCGCAUGCGGCCAAAGUUCCCAGAGGCCGGCGAAAAGUUGGCGCUGCGCGACGACGAGGACGCCGAAAAGCCAGCCACGGCGACGCCGCGGGGGGGUGCGCAGAAGCGAAAGAGCUUGAUUAACUCCACAGAUGGCUCGGUCUAUCCAGCGCAUCUGAAAGGAAGUGAGGUGGAGCAAGGCUUGAAGGAGCGGCGGCUCUUUCAAGGCCUCUUGCGGAUGCACAUGAACACCUGUAUGCAUGGCACGGUGACCUGCGCCGGCAGCGAAGAGAUUGAAGUCUCUGGGCGGCUGGCUCUGAACCGUGCCAUCGACGGCGACGUGGUGGUCGUCGAGAAACUGGAGGACGUGGAGGCGCUGGAACGGGCGGACAAGCGGCUGCGGCGCGAGGUGGCCGAUGGAGACUUUGGGGUCACGGAGAAGGCUCCGAGCACCACGGAUACCAUCAAGGAGACCACGAUGGGUACGACCUCCAGCGACCGCCCCAAAGGGCGUGUGGUGGGAAUCCUCAAGCGAAACUGGCGCGAGUACUGCGGCACCUUGCGGCCGUUGCACGCGGAACGCCGCCGGGAAGCGGGCCCUGAGGUCUACAACAAAUCAGAUCGUGUCUUCAUCCCGACGGAUGCUCGGCUGCCCAAUAUCAUGAUCCAGACCCGGCACUCCGCCAACCUUGAGAACAAGCGGAUCGUGGUGAAUUUGGACGGCUGGGAUCGCUUUAGCCACUAUCCUUCAGGACAUUGGACGAAGAUUCUGGGAGACGUGGGCGAUCGUAAUGUCGAGAGCAUGGUCAUCCUCCAUGAGCACGGCGUGAUCACCCGGGAGUUCAGCGAGGCGGUCUACCGGUGUUUGCCGCCGGCGCACUGGCAGCCGGGCCCGGAGGAUUUGAAGGGACGAAAGGACCUUCGAGGCAUUUGCAUUUGCUCAGUGGACCCCCCUGGAUGC